GUGGCGCAAAGGGAUAUGUGACGAAUUUUUAAUAUUAAAGUCAUUAAUUUAUUUACAUGGCGAGAGGGAAGAACCAGCAUUAUGCUGGGAACGAGUAUAGGUCAUAUAAUGGCAUCAAUCAGCUCUAUUUAAGCUGAACACAUUGAGAAUGAGCCGAUGUUAAGAUUCUGUAACGCUGCCUGAGGAGAAAUUUAACUGAUUAAUAAGGCAGACGGACAGUCAUUCCGCUCAGUCUAUCACUGAUCUCGUCUUUCUGAAGAGCGAUUUUCCUUCGCACGACUUACUCCACACUAUACAUCCCGAAGAUGGAGUUUGGGGAAAGAAAGAGGAGAAGGAAGUCACAGAGCUUUAAACUGGUCACGGAUGAAGAAUGUGAGUCUUCAUAUGUGAUGAAUUCCAGCUGCAAAGAUGCCUGUAGAGAGCCCUCAGAUGCUGCUGUGCCUGAUGUUUGGGUCGGGGACGAGGGCAUGGAGAUCAAGAAGCAAAUUACAGGGAUGAUGAGGCUUCUGAGUGAUAAGACCAGCAGGGUCUAUCAGCGUGUGGGAGCAGAGCAAGACAGCUUGGCAAAGGAGCUUGGGGACAGGCAUCUGACCUGGGUACAGAAGCCUGUACCUUUGUCAGAGGGGCAACAAGGAAACAACUGGAGCUCUGAAGUAGAUCCAGGGCCUUCACCUUCAUCCAUAUCAACCCCCAUCCCCAAUGGUCCAGGCUGUGGCCAGUAUAGCACCCGCUCUAAAGCCAUGAAGAUCCUCAACAACACCGCAGAUCUGAUUAAAGAGAAUGACUCUAAUGAUGUAGUGUCUCUUGCAGAGCCAGAAUCCCCCUGCUGUAUGUGUAACUGUAAGGGUACCUUGCAGGCUAUUUUGCAGGAACUGCGUGGCAUGAGGAAGCUGAUGCAGACUCAAAAAGUGUCCUUGGAGAAACAUGAACAAGCAGCAUCACUAUGCCAACCUCGUCUUGGCCAAGGCCCCCCUCCUCGCUGUAGGCCCCGCAAGAGGAGGCCAAUCUAUAAAGUGGCACCACUCACUGUGUCUAGCACUAGAAGAGCUGCUCCUGCCCCUCUGGAGGCAUCACUGUAUAGGGCCGCAUCCUCAGAAGCUGGAAAGAGAGAAGUAUGUAAGAAAGAGGAAAAUUCAACUACAUCCAAUAGUCAUCCCAUUUGCCGUGAGAUUUCUGUGCUGCCGUCUCCAUUACCUGUCAACAAAGCACACAGUCCUCUCCUGAACCCAGUGAGGGAGCCUCAAUUGCUGGAGUCUGAGGUGCGUCUUGCUGAGGAUUAUGAUGUGUACAUAUCAAAAGCUCAGCUAGACUCCAUCCUGGUAAACUAUACACGCUCUGGCAGCCUGCUGUUCCGGAAACUGGUGUGUGCCUUCUUUGACGAUGCUACUCUGGCUAAUUCCUUGCCAAAUGGUAAAAGGAAGCGAGGCCUCAAUGAUAACCGAAAGGGCUUGGACCAGAAUAUUGUGGGUGCCAUCAAAGUGUUUACAGAGAAAUACUGCACUGAACAUAAAAUAGAGAAGUUGCCUGGGCCUCGAGAUUGGGUUCAGAUCCUACAAGAUCAGAUCAAACUUGCCAGGAGGAGGCUGAAAAGAGAUAGUGUAGAAGCAGAAGAAGUCUUAAAUGGACCUUCUACAAGAUGCAGCUACAGCAGGCCUGCAGAUGUGGAGGUUACAGUGGUGAACAUGACUGGCUGAUUCAAGGGCUGCUCCACUGGCCUUAUUGUCUUUUUUUUUUAUUCAUGCUAAUGCAUUUUGAAACUCUAGAUAGUUAUUUUGUAGCUUGGAUCUACUUUGCCAUAGGGAUGUUAAGAAAAAAGUAAGAGUUAAAAUAAAGAAGCCUGGAAUCCAGAGCGUUGUGCAAGUGGACAGUGAACUAAAAUUACAGUCAUCAAACAAUGUUUGAUUAUUUUAAGUUUAGACAAGUCUGCAAGCGAAGAACUACUGUAACACUGACACAUUUAUUUCUUCAACACAGGUAAUUAUAAGGAGAAUUGUCUGUUGUGAAUUGUGUCUUUUAAGUGGCUGGUACUUCAAUGGUUGUAAUGUGCUGUCAAGCAUCACCUCAGUUAGAAACACUACAUCUAAAACUUAAUAUCUAGCAUUCUUUUGACCAGAUUUGCUAAUUAAAUAAAAUAAUGAUAUCUGGCUGAAAAUGUAUAAUUUUGCACUAGGCUAAUAGAAUGUCCAUGCAUAUCAGUGCUAGUGUUAUUAUCAUUGUGAUGGAAAUGAACACCUACUCUGAUUAAAGGAUGGAAAGUUGUUUCCAACAUUAAAUAUGGUUUCUUGA